GCAGGGGACCGUACCGCGGAGAGGCCCACCAAGCUCGUGCUCUCUGACGCCUCCAAAAGUAAAAGUUUCUCCUGAGCUUCUAGCCCCAUAUUUGAAAUUUGAACUGAAUCUGAGUUGUGUCGUCGUUUAUUGGAACUUUGCUUUGAACUUGGGCAGGCGUGAGCUUGAUUGUGGCGGCAAUAUGCUACGCGUGGAUGCUACCAAGCAAGGGGGAUGGCCAGGCUGCAGUGCUGGUGGUGAACAUGCGCCGGAGCAGGAUGGCUUGGUGCAGGCAGGCGGCUUGGCUCCUGUAUCACGUUGGGGUCGAUGCAUCGGCGCUGCUCUUCACCGAUGAGGUUGACAUGGAUGGGCUAAUAAUGGACCAGCGAGUUAGCUUGCUUGUGGUGGGGCAAGAUGUUUUGAAAUCAAAAGCUGAGGUGGCUUCAGUUUGUACAACCCUGACCCAUACCUAUUGUGAGGAUGCGUAUAGCUUGCUUCUUCUAAGUGUAUUUUCUACAUGCAGUAUCUUGUGUAAAUUAUGGGCAUCUCCUGAUUAUAUUUUUUCCUGAGGAACUCUCUUGAUUAUACUUAAUGUGGUUCCCCAUCAGCUCGCAGGUAUCCUGUUAGAUACGAGCAACCUUUCCUAGAAGUGCUCAGCUCGCAGGUAUUUUGAUG